AUGACUCUGCGAGGAGGCUUUCCGCUUCUCUGCCAGCAGUUCACGGCGUUGUUCAAGAAGAAUCUUCUGCUAACAUGGCGGAGCAAGAGAGCCACGUUUCUUCAGCUCUUCUCUUCGUUUUUCUUGAUCCUUCUCAUCUUCUGUAUCCAAGAAGCGAUGGAGGCGAACGACGAAACCUCGGCGUCGCACACAAGUGUCACCGAUCCCAAGGCAUUAGCCUCGCCUCCGAUUCCGCCUUGUGAGGAUAAGUUUUUCGUGAGACGCCCCUGCUUCGACUUCGUGUGGAGUGGGAACCAGAGCCGUCGAGUGACUGACAUUGUCUCUGCAAUUAUGGCCAACAAUCCCGGACGACCAAUUCCGAGCGAAAAGGUUUUUCUAUUUGUCUAG